CCCUCCUGCAUGCCCAGCAGCACCUAGUUCGGAAAUGGCAGGUCAAGACUAUGUCUACAUGGAAUAGCGUCGCGGGAAGCCUUCGUCCAUGUUUAUCCGGACCCAUACUCCACAUGUACCACGUAACUGUGCGCACGUUAUACUGCCAAUAUUGACCGUCAUCGGUAGAAACGGCGAUUAUCAGGCCGCCCAGGGCCUUAGGCCUCCAACCAGCGAGGUUGGGGAGAGGGGUAUAAGAGGUUGACUGCCAGAAUAGAAGAAGUCCCGCCUCUCCUAUCUGCUACCCGUGAAUCAGAGGAUCGCAGAAUCAUGAGGUUCGCACUCAACUUUGCUUGGCUCUCGCUCGUUGCUGGUGCCACGGCAACUUCAUACGAUGGCUACCAGGUCCGCCGCGUGAAGACCGGUACACAGCUAGCAUCGGUGAAGCAGAAGCUUUCGACCAUCUCUCAUGAGACCUGGGACCGAGUUCAUGGCCAUUGGGAUGUUCUGAUCUCCCGUGAUCAAAUUGGCGCGUUCAACGCACUUGGGCUCAACGCCCGAACUCUACAUGAGGACCUGGGGCAUUCAAUUACCAAAGAAGCCCAUGUAAAGGGAUCCUGGAAGAGGCAAUCGAAUCACACCGGUGGCGACGAUCCGUGGUUUGACAGCUACCAUCCAUAUGACGAUCACGUUGAAUGGUGGCAAGAACUGCAGAAGUCUUUCCCGCAGAACUCAAACUGGACGAGCUCGGGCACGUCCUACGAGGGACGUGACCUCUUCGGAGUUCAUCUGUGGGGUGCCAGCGGCCCAGGAAAGCCUGCCGUCUUAUAUCAUGGUACAGUUCAUGCCAGGGAAUGGAUCGCGGCUCCGGUAAUUGAGUAUAUCGCGAAACAGCUUAUUGACGGAUAUAAGGCCGGCGAUAAUGUGACUCAAGCCUUCUUGAACAAAUAUGAUUUUUAUAUUUUUCCCUUCGUCAAUCCUGAUGGGUUUAUCUACACUCAAACGAACGACCGCCUCUGGCGCAAGAACCGCCAGCCACCGCCAGCCAAAGCUCGUAACCAAACAUGUAUCGGCCGCGAUAUCAACCGCAACUGGGAAACCAAUUGGGAUGCUACUCCUCGUGGAGCCUCACCCAAUGAAUGCUCCCAAACUUAUCGCGGAGAAAAGCCCCGCGAUGCGCCUGAAAAUGCAGGUUUGGAUGACUUCGCCCGCAAACUCCGCGACUCGCAAGGUAUCAAGCUUUUCAUCGACUGGCACAGCUAUAGCCAGCUCAUUCUUAGUCCUUUCGGCCACAAGGAGACACUUUACGCACCGGAGUUGGGCAAGUGGACAAAAGCUGCUGCGUUGGUAAGCGAGGCCAUCCGUGACGGAUCUUCGAAUGCGACGACCUUCACCUUUGGACCAAGUGGAGCAGUAUUAUACCCGACCACAGGUUCAGCUCCGGAUCAUCUAUAUACCAUCGGGCGUGCCGAGUUCUCGUAUACGAUUGAAUUGCCCGAUUUUGGUGACUUUGGGUUUGUGUUGCCGCCAGAGAGGAUUAGGCCUGCAGUUGAGGAACAGUGGAUUGGUCAGCAGGUAUUGUUCAGCUUGUUGGAUGAGGAGUUCUUUGACGAAACGGGCCCGGCGAUCUUUACUAUUUGAGGGCGCAUAAACACCUUGGGGCAAGCGUGCUCAAUGUUCUUAGACUUGCCAGACAACUCAAUAUCUAUCCGGCACUGCGUAUAAUUAUGAUGCUG